GACACAUCACUUCUUUUCCACAUUUUUAACUAGAAAACAUUCAACCCGCCGGAAACUACAAACCCGCCAUUUUUUUCUUUUGAAAGCGAAACCGCAGACCAGUAGAACAGCUAAAAAAUCAAGUACACAGCCAACCCAUAUUAGGCUGAUAUUUUAGUCACGUGAUUUAAGUUUGACCAAUGAACAACAUCGUAGAAAAAAGCGGGAAAAACAGCCAAUCAGAUCACCGAAGAGCAGAAUAAAAAUGCCAGCAACACAUACUUCGCUCUCCUUCGGAUUUUCGCGCUCAGAUCGACAGGGCAGACUCGUACCCAGUCGCUUCUAAGGGAAAACUUUUGUAGGCCCUCAGCUUUCCACUGUCCCAAAGAUCCAUUAUAAUUAUUCAGUGUUUGCAGUUUGUGCCGUUGAAAUGAGUCGAGAGCAACAAGAACAGCCAGAUAUUGUGGAUCCAUCACCAGCUCCCUCAGAAGAAGAAGAUGUUAUUUCAAAAGUGACAGAGCACUUUGGCGAUGCAAUUGCACAGCGAUUUAAAGAUGAAGAUAUUACAUGCCCAGAAGCAAUAGUAGACUUGCUAUCUAAAGAUGCUGAUGCGCCAAUUUACUCAAAGGUUGGCUUAACCUAUGGAAAGGCCCUAAAAUUCAAAAGGAUUUUUGAGGAGUCGUUCCAAUUGCCAAAGAAAUCUUCAUCAGCCUUGCCCAAGUGCAAACCAACAAUGGCAGAGUUGUCAACAUACGAUCCUGAAAUACAAAGACUGUACCUGUCUAAGCGCAAGAAGAUUGGCGCACUUGCCAUGGAAAAGUGGGGUGGGCAACUCCCGAAGUUCAACACUCCCAUGAUGAGAACACAACUGGAAAAGUUUGCUAAAGAAAUUGAAGACCAGUGUUCUGUGCCUGAAAUAAAUUUCACAGUGGAUGGCAUUAUGCAACACACUAAGGAUUUUUUCAGUGAACAGCGGCGUGAAAGAAAAAGAACAAGCCCUCCAGAUUCCUGGUCUCCUAGAACACCAAGUUCUUCUAGGGCUGGCUCUUCAGAUGAGGAAUUCUCACUACAAUGCUCCCAAGCAAAGCUACCUAAAAUGCCUUCCAUGGGCAGUCAAGAUGAUGAGGAACCAGAUGAUGAAGGAUCUGAUAAUGAUGGAUCUGAUGAUGAUGGUUCUGACGAUGACAAGAAAAGUACAGAUACUCUCCCAGAAACUGAACCUACAGUCAUAAAUAACUUACAUAGUAAAGCAGUGAAGGUUAUCAUUAAGGCGGUAUGUGGAAGUAUCCCAAAGGAUAGGGAGGUAAUAGUUGAUGCCUUAAAAAACACUUUUUCAAUAGGUCCAAGAACACUAUUGAACCUUACUCACACCCAAGUGUGUGAGGUGCUGGCCAAAAAAAUUAUUGCAGGCAAAUAUGUUAAGUGUUUGGCAAAGCCAAAUGAAAUUACAAAAACUGCCCAUGUACAGGUUAUCAAAAAGGUCAAAUUUUGAGCUCAAACAUGUAGUAGCUGUAUGCUAAAGUUUUUACUGGCUUAAGUACAUAGUUGUGUCAGGGACACUAUUGAACCUUACUCACACACAAGUGUGUGAAGUGCUGGCAAAUAUGUUAAAUAUUUGGUAAAGCCAAACGAAAUUUCAAAAACUACCCAUGUAAAAGUUAUCAAAAAGGUCAAACUUUGAGCUCAUAGUACCUGUAUGCUAAUGUUUUCACUGGCUUAAGUAGAUAGUUGUCUCUCCCAGAAACUGAACCUAUACCAGUCAUAAAUAACUUACAUAGUAAAGCAGUGAAGGUUAUCAUUAAGGCAGUAUCUGGAAGUAUCCCAAAGGAUAGGGAGGUAAUAGUUGAUGCCU